GAGCUGCGGAGACAACCUGCGCUGCGAACGCCUGGCGUGUGCGCAGGCUCAGUGGGCCGCUAGGAGGGAGCGACCUAGAGGGCAGUUGAGAAGAGCGCUGAGCGCUCACCAGCUGUGGCACGAUGAGACCCGGAGAAGAGAAGCCGGUGGAGGGGGGCGCCUGCGCCGCCGUCUUCGAGGUGGAGCUGCUGAAGCUUCGCGCGGCGGAGUGCAUCGACGAGGCGGCCGAGCGCCUGGGGGCCCUGAGCCGCGCGAUCUGGAGCAAGCCCGAGCUGGCCUACGAGGAGCACCAUGCCCACGGCGUGCUGACGCGCUUCUUCGAGAGCGAGCGCCCGGCCGCGUCGUGGGCGGUGCAGCCGCACUACCAGCUGGUCACGGCCUUCCGUGCCGAGUGGGGGCCGCCUGGGGGCUGGGCGGCGCCGCGCCCGCUGCACCUGGGCUUCCUCUGCGAGUACGACGCGCUGCCAGGCAUCGGGCACGCCUGCGGCCACAAUCUGAUCGCCGAGGUCGGGGCGGCGGCUGCGCUGGGCGUCAAGGGGGCCCUGGAGAGCCUCCCCGGGCCGCCUCUGCCGGUGAAGGUAAUUGUUCUGGGAACCCCUGCAGAAGAAGAUGGUGGUGGCAAAAUUGAUUUAAUCGAAGCAGGGGCUUUUAAAAAUCUUGAUGUUGUUUUUAUGGCCCAUCCAUCUCAAGAGAAUGCUGCUUAUCUACCUGAUGUGGCUGAACACGAUGUGACUGUGAAGUACUAUGGAAAAGCAUCUCAUGCUGCUGCUUAUCCCUGGGAAGGACUAAAUGCAUUAGACGCUGCUGUCCUCGCCUACAACAAUCUGUCUGUGUUAAGACAACAAAUGAAACCUACCUGGAGAGUUCAUGGUAUAAUAAAAAAUGGUGGUGUAAAACCCAAUAUCAUUCCCUCUUAUUCUGAACUAAUCUAUUACUUCCGUGCACCCUCAAUGAAAGAACUUCCAGUUUUGACCAAAAAGGCAGAAGAUUGCUUCAGAGCUGCAGCUUUGGCUACUGGGUGCACAGUAGAAAUUAAAGGUGGAGCACAUGAUUAUUACAAUGUUCUUCCCAAUAAGAGCCUAUGGAAAGCUUAUAUUGAAAAUGGAAAAAAGCUGGGAAUAGACUUCAUUUCAGAAGAUGCAAUGUUGAAUGGCUCUUCAGGAUCUACUGAUUUUGGAAAUGUUACGUUUGUGGUUCCUGGGAUUCAUCCAUAUUUUUACAUUGGAUCUAAUGCCUUGAAUCAUACAGAACAAUAUACUGAAGCUGCAGGAUCACAAGAAGCUCAGUUCUACACUUUGCGAACGGCCAAAGCUCUGGCAAUGACUGCAUUGGAUGUUAUUUUUAAACCAGAGCUGCUAGAAAGCAUCAGAGAGGACUUUAAAUUGAAACUUCAAGAAGAAGAGUUUUUCAAUACAGUAGAAUAAAAGGAAGAUUUAGGAGCCAGUCACGGAUCAUGAAGAAGAAGUGAUGAUUUUCUUCCUUAAUCUUUUUUAAUGAGGGAGGAGGGCAUGGCUUGUUUUUCAGUCGUAAGGGAGUCAUAUUCCUCUUACCUGAAAAGUGAGGACAUGAUGUGGAGAAAACACAUUACCUCAUAUCUAGAGUGAAAAUUUCACAAAUCUGUUUAUGAUGGCGUUGUUACAUUUCAGGGCUGGUGUGUGAUGGCAUUUCAUAAACAACCUGGAUGACACAUGGUUUAUCAGUGAUAACAUUUUAUAAAUCCAUAUGUUGUGUGAGUGUAUUUUGAAAGAUCCAAGAGAUUUCAAGCCUUAUAUCCAGAAUUGCCACAUGAAAGAUUUUUUUUGAUAUAGGGUGGUAACAUUGUCCUAUGAAGUUGUUUUAAAAUUCAAGUUCUAAAUUUAGGGAAGGUUCAUUUGGAAUAUCUGACUAUAUCUGUUUCGGUUUAGAGAAUUUCUUCAUUGACAGUAAAAGUACGCUUUUUAUCAGAAAUGCUAUGGGGAAACAACUAGAAACUCAGGUACAAAGAAUAAGCUUUAGUUUUACCAUUUGAAGGAAAAUGAAAAUGUUCUUUUUUAUAUAUAAUUUACUCUGAGAGGUGGCAUUAAAAUGCCAUUCCUCAUUCCAUAUUUCAGUAAUAGAAAAAAUGGUAAAUAGAUAGGAUUAGACUCUUCCUGUAAGGUGUUUGCUUGGUAGCCCCAUGUGUUUCAGAGGAAUUUAAUUAGAGGAGUGAUGUCUGCUUAUCUUUAAUGUUAAUGCCAUAUAACUGAUCCCCUCUACCUAGCAGCCCUAUUCAGGUUUCUUCUCAGAAGCUAGCCUGUCCAGCUUGAGUAAACUCAGUAGUUUAUUAAAUUUAGGGGACAGAAUUCUAACCCUCCUUAAGCCCCAUGCUAGCUCAAUAUAAACUAAAAAGCAUUGUCAAGUUUUUUCCUGGUGUGACUUUCUUGAACAUGAUAAAAGAAUGUGAAACAAGUAUCCGGUAAAACAAAUAUUUUAAGCUGUGACUAUAGUAAAGGUCCAGUAGACUUUAUUUUAAAGGGAGUCCUCAAAUUUGAUGUAAGCAUUCCAGAAAUGGAAGGGGAAGGAGGGAAAAGUGAGCAUUUGGCCUCUGCUGCAAGCACGUCACUCGGGUGCUCUGUGCCUUCCACUCCUCGUUUGGAAAGUUAGGUUAGAUCCUUCAUCCUU